AUGGCCAUGUUACUAAGGAAGUUAAAAAAUGGGUUCCUCGCUGCAAUUCCAAAUACCUUUGAACGACACGAGCAACAGCUGCUUUUAGCAGAGGAGCGUGAGAGAGAUUAUGACGUCUUGGAUAAUGGAUCGAGAUCGGGCACUGCUGGAAGUAGCAAUGAUGCAAUUCAAGAAGAAGAGGAAAUAGAGGAAGAAGAAGAAGAAGAACUCUCAAAUAGCAACCUCAAGAACAAAAGAAUUGACCAAAAUGCUACUAACGGCAAGCUUCACAAAUAUCGGGGACCUCAAGAUAACUCUUUAGAGGAUACUUAUGGAUUUGAUGGUAAACCCAACAGCAAUCACAUUGCCAUGUCCGUAAAAGAAAUCAAUCCAACUGGAGCGAAUAAGUCUACUACAAAUACGAGGCCCUUGUCUUUAAAUCAUGACAAUUCACUUCUGAUAAGGAGACCGUCACUAAGCUCUAACGAGGCUUCGAUCAGCAAAACUGAUGGACCCAAUCGGCAUGAUUAUCAAGGCAACUUGCAUUGUGAUGGCAUUUUAGAGAUAACACCACCUGUUCCAGUUAAUGGUGCGGAUGAAUUGCUGCCUCUACUCCCACCUUCACGUCGCAGCUCUGCAACCGUGAGCUCUUAUAAAGUCAUUCGAGCAUCAGGGUUUUCAUUCAGGAAUCUCUGUGCCUAUGCUUUAGACUUCCGUCACCCAAAACUAUUUCAUUUUAUCGUGCUUAUACUAGUGUUGUUUACAAUAUUCGCUUAUACAACUUUAAAAAAGGUGGAUACCCUUGUAAGUGACUUCAGUGAAAUUAACCUUCAAAGUGUCUCAGUAUUGGAUUUGAAUGAUAGGGGUAUCGAUUCUCAUAUUAUUGGAACACUAUACAUUAACUAUAAUAAUGUUCAUAAUAUAUUCUACCGAAAUAUGCUAAAGUUUGGAUCAGCAUUAGUAGGUGUCAUUGUGCUUUUGCCUAGUGAUGCAAUGAAAGUCUAUGCUAAGCCAGCUAAAUCAGAAGUCUGUUACUUUCAUAUAUUAGAUUUAAUACAACCUGAGGUUGCAGUUGAUGUGAUGAACAGAAGACUCACUGAAAUUGACUUCAUAAGUCAGACUCUGAUACGUGAAACUGAGAUGGUGAAGUUAUGGGAAUUAGUAAACAACCUUGAUGAGCAAACAUUUGAGCUUGAAGUUGAGGCUGAGAUACACCCUUGGAUUGAAAGUAAGCUAUUCAGCUUUGGUAAACAGGACAUUCGAUUCAAAAAAGUAAUUUCAUUAGAUAAAGGUUCAAUAUUCCCACCUAUCAAAGUCAAAAACAUGAAAACAUAUUCUACAGACUUUUCUAUACAGUUGUCUACUCAGAUUGUGCUUGAGCGAGGAUUGACACUCUCUGCGACAUUUCCAGCAAUAAACUGGGACUUGUUAAUCUUAGAUUGCAGCGGUAACUUAAUAGAACUUGGGUCUUGGGCGACUGAAGUAUUUGAUGUCGAACCGAAAUCUCCAAUUGUGAUAAAUCUUCAUGGCGAUCUAAGAAGCAUCCCUAAUCCUUUAUUAAAACGUUGCAACAAUACUGACGUCAGUAUUUUCAAUAAAUAUGUUCAAGAUUAUAUGAACGGAGAUGUGUUGAGCGUUUACAUAAGAGCCUCUAAAUAUCAAAGGGUCAAAAUGCAAAAUUGGCUCUAUUACUUGUUGAAUCAUGCUAAUUAUAAGGUUGACGCAUUAGUUACAAGAAGGGACCUUUCGAUUACAGGUUAUGAAAUUGAUGCAUUAAGUUUAGAACUUCCGCUGAACAUUCCUAACGAUUUAUUAAGUCUUAAUGUAAAUACCAAUGCAUCGAUUAUCAUUGACAAUCAGAUUGAUAUACAGUUUAGCAUUUCAAAGUUCAAGCAUUAUUUUUGCUUGCUUGACUCCGAUGAGACAAUCUUACUUCAAGGUUGGUCUGACCAAUUCAACUAUGUGCAUAUUAAUAAUGUCUUACGUUUUCUCAAAUUCGAUUUGCUUUUAAACCACGUUAAGAUUGAAGUCUUGAAUUCUGAAAGCUUAGGCAAUAUUCUAAAUGAAAUCUGUAACUUUAAUUUUAGCGACUCUCUAUAUGCAAAAGUUGAAUUGGAAGAUGUGGAACUCAUUCUUCCAAUUGGAGCCUUGAAACUUAAUCGAAUUGAUUUCGAAGAAAUGGAUAUUACAUCUCAGCUUGACUUCCAUAAACCUGACGAAAUUUUGAAGAACUUGAAUGUAACCAUUGAUGAACUUCUUUUUGUCGAUUCUAACCCGAUGCAAGCUCUGCUAAUUAUAAAGAUAAGGAUAACUAAUCCAACGAAUUUCAUUGUUGACUUACCGGGCGAAACUAUUACUUUGGGUAUAAAGUCUAAUAAUACCAAAGUAGCAAGCUUCGGUUUCAAAGAUUUCUUUCUUUCAUCAGAAGCAUUAAGUAUUCAGGCUGAGCUUGACUUGUAUAAUACGCCCACUGAAUUGAUAUCAAAACAUACUAUACUUGACUCUUUGUUAAGUGACUACAUAUCUGGUAAUAUCGUCCACGUUGACAUAUUUAAUCUUUCUGUUCUAAAUAAUUGUGAAUUAAACAAAAUGUUAAAUCAAAUAGGAGUAACUAAUAUUGAAGUUCCUAUUUUGAAGUAUAGCAGACAAGCUUAUCAGAACAAUGAAUUGGUAACUCAAGGAAACGAUACUGAAGAACAUCAAAGUCCAUUCUUGCUUGAAGCAGUAAUACAUUUGUUAACCUCUGAAAUACAACUUACAUUAUACAAUCCCAUUGAGAAUGCAGAGUUGAUUGUCGAGCUUUAUGAGGCGGAAGCAAAAUAUGAAGAUAACUUGUUGGGAUCAAUUUCUAAGCGAGAGUACUUGAUGAUAGCGCCGGGGAUCCAAAAGACUCCCAAUAUUCCGAUCAAAAUCAGCCAAGGUAUUGGUAUGGAUAUUCUUAGAAAAGCAGUCAAUGGGCAACUAUAUGUAGAUGUCGAGGCUCACUUUCUAUUGAAGCUAGACAAGUUUGAAUCAAUGUUGACUUACAAUGGGCAUGGUUUGAAAUCAACUAUCAAAUUUUAA